GGGUGCCACUGUCCCUGUCCCAGAGGAAGUAUCUCAUGCAGUAACACAAGUUGAAAUGACACAUUCUGUGCAGAAUUUGGACACAUGUGAAGAUGAUUUCCUUCCACGUGAUAGCAUGGAGCUCAUGCCAGCAUGUGAUCAUACUGAAAUCAUGUACCACGGCACAUCCAGAGAGGCUGCUAAAAGCAUCCAGAGAGAAGGCUUCAGGCCGUCCAGCGAUGGGCCUCUGGGGAGGGGAGUCUACCUCAGCCGGGAUCUGCAAAAGGCCAGGAGGUACCCCUUGGAGCCUCCUGAAUCACAGCGAGUGGUCAUCAAAGUGAAGGUGAAUGUGGGAAGGGUGAUAGCAAUCAACCGCCAGGGUCACCCCAUGCAGAAGACCUGGCAUGACCUCGGCUAUGACACAGCCUGGGUUCCCCCUAACUGUGGCAUGUUUCCCAGCAGCCUGGAGGAGCACUGUGUAUGGGACCCCAAACGGAUCACUGUCAUGGAUUUGAUUUACACCAAAUCACCAAAAGGUUUAUCAGGCCUCAUGCCAGCAUGUGACCCUACCUACACCAUGUACCAUGGCACGUCCAGAGCAGCUGCUGGAACCAUCCAGAGAGAAGGCUUCAGGCAGUCCAGGGAUGGACCUCUGGGGAGAGGAGUCUACCUCAGCCGGGACUUCAAGAAGGCUAGCCGGUACCCUUUGGGUGUUUCCGAGUCACAGCGAGUCAUCGUCGAAGUGAAAGUAAGAGUUGGCAAGGUGAAGAAAAUUGACUACCAGGACCACCCCCUGCGGAAGAAAUGGCAUGACAAAGGCUAUGACACGGCCUGGGUUCCCCCUAACUGUGGCCAUAAAGGGGUGCCCAGUGGCCGUGAAGAGGACUGUGUGUGGGAUCCCACACGGAUCACUAUCAUGAAUUUGAUUUACCCAAAAGAAGAUGAUUUCCUUCCACGUGAUGGCAUGGAUGAACUGAGUGAUCAUACAGAAAUCCUGUACUACGCCACAUCUAGAGCAGCUGCUGGAACCAUCCAGAGAGAAGGCUUCAGGCAGUCCAGCGGUGGCCCUCUGGGGAGAGGAGUCUACCUCUCCCGGGAUCUGCAAAAGGCCAGGAGGUACCCAUUGGAGCCUCCUGAAUCACAACGAGUGGUCAUCAAAGUGAAGGUGAACGUGGGAAGAGUGAUUGAAAUCAACCGCCAGGGCCACCCCAUGCAGAAGACCUGGCAUGACUCCGGCUAUGACACGGCCUGGGUUCCCCCUACCUGUGGAAUGGUGCCCAGUGGCAUGGAGGAUCACUGUGUAUGGGACCCCACACGGAUCACUUUUGUGGAAAUACUUUAUCCAAAAUAUGUUCCGCAACCAUUUUCACUUGCUAAGCUUUGGAGGUAG